AUGCAAUCGGAGGACAACCAGGGCACUUUGGUUUACCGAAUUAUCACACUAAUGCCAUCCACCACGGAUAUGUGGGAUGAAACUAAACUUUUCCUGGCCGAAUUAAUUGCGCAUGUAUGCCAACAGCCUCCGGAUAGGGACGAAUCUUUUCACUUGUCCUCAAUUUUUCUCCAAUCUGACGAACUCACAUGUUUCACCACAGUGAAUCCGGUCAAUGGAGCUGUCGAAGUGAAAUGGGCGGACUCGGAAUCGGGUCCUGGUGCCAUCUGUUCCGUACUGUUCGAGCACUCUCUGUCCGGUUUGGAUGUGAUUGAACGUCAAUUGUUCGGUGCGAUCGAUGAGCAUUGGCGAUUUGCCGUGUCUAUCCAGUUUACCGCGUCGUCCGAGACGCCACCGGAUGCACCGCGUUUCAACAUCACCAAAGUCGCUCAAAUACAGAACAGUCACGUGCAUGUCUGUGAUGAUCGCGGAGUUGUUUGUUCCCAAGGUAUUCCACUCGCUGCAUUGAUUUAA